AUGGCGUGGAUUAGCUCACUAUUCAGUGGAAAGGGGGCUGUGACUCUCAUUGAGAGCGACCAGGUGUACCAAACAAGCUUCCACGAUAACACGCAAGUGUUCGAACCUAUCGUCAUGGCCUCUGUAUGGCAAUUCAACGAUGUUCUUGAUCCCAUCAAGUUACACUCUUGCCUCAAUCGUCUACUCGAAAUCGGCGACUGGAGGAAGCUUGGUGGUCGCUUUAGACGAGUCGCCGGCUCGCGCAAGCUGCAGAUUCAUGUCCCUACUCCCUACACCAGCCAAAGGCCUGCGGUUGCCUUCUCACACGAGGCGUUCAGUAUGAAGCUUAGGGAACAUGCCCUAGGAGACAAGAUCCCCAAACCAACGAAUCAUCCCUCCUUCCAUCCUGCGUCAGAAGAGUUGGGGCCACUGGUCAUUCGACGAGACCAGCCGCAAACGCUCCAAGAUUUCCUCGCCCGAGAUGAGCCAGUGCUAUCGCUGCGCAUCAUUUCCUUCAGCGAUGCUACACUUGUCUCCUUGACAUGGCCCCAUAAUCUGAUGGACGCCAACGGUGUAGGAUUUCUUGUCAAUGCCUGGUCCCUUGUCCUGGCCGGUCAGGAAGACAAGGUGCCGCCCGUCUCGUCAGUUGGGCGAGACAUUCUCUACGAAGCCGCCAGCUCAGACGCCGCGCAGCAAGAGAGAAGCGUCAUUGCCGACUCGCGACUAUCCGGCCUCAGCAUGGUCUCCUUCGCCCGGAGCCUGCUUUGGGACAUGUACUGGAACAAAAUGGAAUCACGUGUGGUACACCUCCCCAAGGAGUUCGUGCAAAAGCUACGUGCCGAGACACUGGAUGAGGCCCAGAGGGAGCAGCAUGGAGCAGGCGGCCCGGAGCCGUGGAUCAGCGAGUUCGACGCCAUCCUCGCGCUCUGGUUGAGCAACCUGGCCCGAUCGCAGUCGAGGCCCAAUUCCCUCACCAUGUGUCUGCCGUUUGACUGUCGGAAAAGACUACCUGGGGUGAUAAGUCAGGAUGACACCCACGUCGAGAACAUGGUGCUGAACAACUUCACGCUCCUGUCGGCCAAGAAGGCCAACGCAUCCGUCGGGAGCAUUGCGUGGAACAUCCGCAAGGAAUUAAUGAGGCAGACAACCCCGGCGCAGGUUCUUGCUGCUCUGCGAACCAAGAAGGAGCAGUGGGACAAGGGUGACAAUGCGGCGCCCAUGCACACGAAGCCAGAGAGCACACUGUAUAUCACAACGAACUGGGCAGCGGCCAAGCACUUCACCGUUGCGCAGUUUGGGCCGGCUGUAGUGAAGCAAGGUGAGACAGGCCAGCAGAGGGAAAAUCCUCUGGGCAGUCCAGCUCUGUAUCACGCCUUUACUGUCAAGCCGGCGUGGACGAACAGGAAUUACCUGAUCACGACUGGCAAGGAUCACCGAGGAGAUGUUUGGCUACAUGGGACUUUCACCUCCCAGGCCUGGGCCCUGAUCGAGAAGAGCAUUGGGCCAGAAUAA